AGCGGUGAAGCAAUAAACCAAGCAAUAGCAUUUCAUUUCAAUUUCAACAACUGAGUUAGUGAGUAAAGUGUGUAGUUAGUUACUUAAUCAUUCAUUUUCAUUUUCAUUUUCUUUUCCAUAUAUUUAUGCAUUUUCAUUUUCCCAUAUAUAUAUAUAUAUAUAUAUAUAUAAAACAUAAGCUCAAACAUUGCAUCAUCCAUCAUCACAUAAGCAUAGUCACAUAGUGUGUGUGUGUGUGUUUGUGAGUGAGUACAAACUAGUAAAGUUGCAAGAAAGAAACAAAUACAAAUGGAGACAAAUGGUGAGAUAAGAGUAUCAUCAAAGUUCAAGAGGGUUUGUGUGUUUUGUGGGAGUAGUCCUGGCAAAAAAAGUAGCUAUCAAGAUGCUGCCAUUCAACUUGGAAACGAAUUGGUGUCAAGAAAUAUUGAUCUAGUGUAUGGAGGAGGAAGCAUUGGUCUAAUGGGUUUGGUAUCACAAGCUGUUCAUGAUGGUGGAAGACAUGUCAUAGGAGUUAUUCCCAAGACACUCAUGCCUAGAGAGCUAACUGGUGAAACGGUAGGAGAAGUAAAAGCUGUAGCAGAUAUGCAUCAAAGGAAGGCAGAGAUGGCUAAGCAUUCAGAUGCUUUUAUUGCCUUACCAGGUGGUUAUGGGACUCUAGAGGAGCUUCUUGAAGUCAUAACAUGGGCUCAACUCGGGAUUCAUGACAAACCGGUGGGAUUAGUAAAUGUUGAUGGAUACUUUAAUUCAUUACUGUCAUUCAUUGACAAAGCUGUCGAAGAAGGAUUUAUUAGUCCAAAUGCGCGCCACAUAAUUGUAUCAGCACCUACAUCAAAAGAGUUAGUGAAGAAAUUGGAGGAUUAUGUUCCAUGUCACGAAGGCGUUGCUUCGAAGUUGAGCUGGCAGAUGGAAAAACAACUUGCUUAUCCUGAAGAGUAUAACAUCUCAAGGUAGCUGAGAGUAGUUUACUUGAUGUGCAAGGAAGAUGAAACUAUAUAGAAUUUUCGAGGUGGAAAAAAGCUACUGUGGAAUAUCCCUAUUCUGUUUUUUCUUUAUUCCUCCUGAAGAAAAGAAAUUUCUUCUGUAAAGUACUGUGAUUGACCUGAAGAAAAUGUGAAAUUACUAUGUACCUCUCUUUUGAAACUACUGAUUUCCCUUCUAAGUUGUAAGUAGUACUAGGGGCUUCUGAACUUAUUAGUCAAUGACAACUAAUUUUACCCCUUUAAUUAAUUAAUCUAUUUCUUAUUAUGCUUUUA